AUGCAGAUUACUGGGCAGGUGAAGUGGUUCAACGAAUCGAAGGGGUUCGGCUUCAUCACCCCCGACGACGGCAGCAAGGACGUCUUCGUCCACUUCAGCGCAAUCCAAUCCCAUGGCUUCAAAACCCUCGCCGAGGGCCAGCGUGUCGAAUUCGAAAUUCAAGACGGCCAAAAAGGCCCGUCCGCCGUCAAUGUCAAGCCCCUAGAGGUGGAGGGGGAUAAGAGGAUUUCGAGCAAAUUGUAA